AUGGCAUACUUCAUUUUCGCGUACCAUCUUCUGGUUGUUUACCUUUCAUGCAGUAGGAUCUCUCUUUCCUUGGCACAAAAUUUGCCGCUGAAAGCAGUGAAUCUUGGGAAUUGGCUUGUUAUAGAGAAGUGGAUGAAACCAUCCCUCUUUAAUGGAAUGCCAAACGACGAUCUUCUGGAUGGGGCUCAAAUUCAACUGAAGUCCACAAAGCUGCAGAAAUAUCUUUGUGCAGAAAAUGGGGGUGGAUCUAUUGUUGUUGCCAAUCGAGCCUCGGCGUCUGGCUGGGAAACUUUCAGGUUGUGGAGGGUCAAUGAGAACACUUACAACUUAAGAGUGUUCAACAAGCAGUUUGUGCAAAAAGACAGGGUAACGAGGGUAGUAGCUGUUAACAACGUGCCUGGAGGUUGGGAAACAUUUGAGAUUGUAAGGAAACCUGAUGAUAAAUAUCGAGUUCGCAUCAAAGCAUCCAAUGGUUUAUUCGUCCAGGUAAAAUCAGACACGGAGGUGGCUGCAGAUUAUGAAGGAUAUGGAUGGGAAGAUAGUAAUCCAUCCGUUUUCAUAAUGACAGUAAAAACCGACUUGCAUGGUGAAUAUCAACUCACUAAUGGUUUUGGUCCGGAUAGAGCUCGUCAAGUUUUGCAGGAACACUGGAAUAAUUUCGUAACUGAACAAGAUUUCAGAUUCAUGUCGGCUAAUGGACUGAAUGCCGUGAGAAUUCCGGUUGGUUGGUGGAUUGCGUAUGAUCCAAACCCACCAAAGCCUUUUGUUGGGGGCUCAUUGCAAGCAUUAGACAAUGCCUUCAAUUGGGCACAAAAAUAUGGAAUGAAGGUAAUUAUAGAUCUUCAUGCAGUUCAAGGCUCUCAAAACGGAUGGGAACACAGCGGCACAAGGGAUGGAUAUCUUGAAUGGGGAGAUUCUUACAUUUCAGACACCGUGAGAGUCAUAGAUUUCCUAGCAAAAAGAUAUGCUUACCAUCCGGCUAUGAUAGCAAUUGAGUUGAUGAACGAGCCGUGGGUAGAUGUCAAUCUAGACACCCUAAAAAGGUAUUACAAAGAGGGUUAUGAAGCUGUGAGGAAGUACACAUCAAAUGCUUAUGUGAUUCUGUCAAACCGAUUGGGCUGGCCCGUUGAUCCAAAGGAACUUUUCUCGUUUGCUAGUGGCCUUCACCGUGUAGUUGUUGACGUGCAUUUCUACAAUCUCUAUGAAGAUAAGUUCAGAAACAUGAAUGCUCAACAGAACAUAGAUUAUAUCUACAAUAACCGAGCUUCUGAUCUUGGAGCUGUGACCACGUCCAAUGGCCCUCUCACUUUUGUAGGGGAAUGGAGUGGAGAUUGGUACGCAAAGCAAGAAAUAGAUGAAGACCGAAAAAGAUUUAUAAAAUCUCAGUUGGAAGUUUACGGACGUGCCACUUUUGGAUGGGCGUAUUGGUCGUACAGGCAUGACAGCACGCCAAUAUGGAACCUCAAAGGGUUGAUUGAAAAUCACUUUAUCAACCUCUAA